ACCUCGAUGGCGGCCCGUGUGGCACAGGCGGGUCACGUGACUGCUCCCUCUAUGGAGGUGUACGGCCGUUGGUGAAGCUGUUUUGUAUUUACUCCCCCACAAUGCACCGCGCGCUCCGCGGGAAACCAAAAUGGCGAAGGUCUGCGACCGAACCGGGCCGUCCGCCGUGUGUGUGUAGAUUGUGGCCGGGGAGCGGACACGGAGCGCGCGGAUUGUGAUUUCCCUGGGGGGCGCUCGGCAUCACCGAGGAGACCGAAUGAGAGACGCAACUGCUGUCGGCAAUUCACUGGUCCUUAAAAGAUCCCCUAUCCGCCAAAAUAAGAAGGCCCCGAAGUCCUUGACUAAAGCGUCUGUACGGCAUGGACAGAAGACCGAGAGGCAGACUUGCAAAUUUGAAGAAGGUCAAGAUGUCUUAGCACGAUGGUCCGAUGGAUUGUUUUAUCUUGGAACUAUCAAAAAGAUAAAUUUGUUUCACCAGAGCUGUUUUAUCUUAUUCGAGGAUAGCUCCAAGUCUUGGGUGCUGUGGAAAGACAUUCAGACGGGAGCCUGUGAAGGUGGGGAAAUGGUUUGUACAAUAUGUCAGGAGGAAUAUUCUGAAGCACCAAAUGAAAUCGUUAUAUGUGACAAGUGUGGCCAAGGUUAUCACCAGCUCUGCCACAUGCCGAAGAUUGACCCCGGUAUUAUUGACACCGAUGAUAAAUGGCUGUGUCGACAGUGCGUGUUCGCCACUACAACCAAGAGGGGAGGAGCGCUGAAGAAAGGACCAAAUGCCAAAGCCCUGCAAGUCAUGAAGCAAACUCUGCCCUACAAUGUGGAAGACUUAGAAUGGGACGUCGGUCACAAGACCAAUGUACAGCAAUGCUACUGCUACUGUGGAGGCCCCGGAGAGUGGUACCUGAAGAUGCUGCAGUGCUGCAAAUGCAAACAGUGGUUUCACGAGGCCUGCGUGCAAUGUUUGCAGAAACCCAUGCUUUAUGGUGACAGGUUUUAUACGUUUAUUUGUUCAGUCUGCAAUUCUGGACCAGAAUACCUCAAACGUCUAUCUUUACGAUGGGUAGACAUAGCACACCUCUGCCUAUACAAUCUAAGUGUUAUUCAUAAAAAGAAGUACUUCGAUUCAGAACUUGAACUCAUCACGUAUAUCAAUGAUAAUUGGGAUCUGUUGCACCCUGGCGAGCUGGCAGAAACCCCCAAGUCAGAACGAUAUGAACAUAUUUUGGAUGCGUUAAAUGAAAAUAAGACUAUGUUUAUGUCUGGAAAAGAAAUUAAAAAGAAAAAACAUUUGUUUGGUCUGAGAAUUCGGGUUCCUCCUGUCCCUCCAAAUGCUGCUGUUAAACUUGAGAAGGAAGAAAGCGCCUCCCAUGAGUUCAAGAUCAAGGGCAGAAAGUCCUCCAAACUGCUGCCCGUCACAAAAGAGGAAAACAAUACAGAAGUCAAGAAACGGAAACCAGUGGGCCGCCCCCCGGGCUCUCACAGAAGGAAGAUCUUACAGAAUGACGCCUGUAAUUCGCCAUGUCCGAAAAUGGAGAUCGAUGGAGCAUUGAAAGCGAACCCUCCUGACUCACCAGAUCAAAGAAAGACGGCUGACAUCACCACUUUAUCAUCCAGUAACUCUGAUCUAGAGACCAAUGGAGCUGCUAGUUCUAAAGAAACUACCUCAGCCGGCCUGUCCAGUCCUCCGUCAGACAUGAGAAGAGUCACCCGCACAGGGCGUUCCUGGUCCGCCCCUUUACCGCCACCUAGAAAGCGCGGCCGCCAUCCCCGAAAAGCUCUUCAGGCUCAUAACUCGGACAUGAACGAAGAAAGGAAGGAGGAUUCUCAGCUCACCGGACUGAACAGCGAUAUUGUAAAAAACGUAGCAGAUCACGACCUACAGCUCCAUCACCUGAAGAAUUCUAUUACCAGUUACUUUGGGGCCGCGGGCAGGAUAGCGUGCGGCGAGAAAUACCGCGUUUUGGCUCGUCGGGUAACGCUUGACGGGAAGGUGCAGUAUCUGGUGGAGUGGGAUGGCGCCACGGCCUCCUGACCUCCGCUCUGGACAGCCUCGUACUCGGUUUUAUUUUUAUUUUUCCCCCCAGGUCUCUUGAAGUGAUAAAUAACUUAUUAUUAUUCACCCCUUUACUGCCAAAGUGCCUGCGUUACACAUGGUAGCAAACGGGUGCUGGAAUAGAGAAGAAGAUAUAGGUCUAUUUUUUAAUGCGUUUCGAGUGGUGACAAUAGAGAACAUUGCUUUUAACCAAAUAUCUGCAGCGGUGCACAUCUGCGAGGACGGCGCGGUUUACAGUAUUCUUAGGCCAACGUUUAAUGUUCUGUGUAUGUGGUGUAGUGCUGGUUAACCCUCUCCUGGAUGAGGUGCCACAACUUCUCCAAGUCACCUGACUUCCCUGUCCCUUAGUGCAUCAGGCCAAUCUGGAUCCGUUAUACUCUGAGAUAUAUAUACACACACACACGUCAUACAGUCACACAGUCAUGGCUGUAAAUGUUGGCACCCCUGAAAUGUUUCUAGAAAAUUAAG